UUCACUUUGGUAAGUUUUACACUAUAAAUACAGUGUUAAUACAUUUUUUAUUUUGUACUAUUACCAAGAUAGUUACUUAUGAAAUAGUAAAGUACACUAAAUUUCAUCGGUUGAAAAAAAAAUAAUCGCCACUCUUGUAACCAAACGAGCUGCUGUUGUUUAGCUAGUAAUGGAGUCCACAGGCAGAAACACAACGCCCUGCUUCUAGCUAUGCAAUCUGAAGAAGUAAACGAUUGGAGAGAGAGAACGAUGGGGUCAGCUGUCGAGAGGACAGAUGAACAUGUCCGAGAAUACUUGAUAUAUCGAGGUUUCACCAGCACGCUGAAACACCUAGACUCUGAUAUGAAAGCAGACAAGGAGAAAGGAUUCAGAGUGGAUAAGAUCAUUGAUCAGCUUCAGCUGUUCAUCCAUACCUUCGACCUGAAUGGCCUGAAGGACUACUGGGGCUACCUGGACCGGAGACUGUUCUGUAGGCUAGAAGACAUCUACAGACCAACAGUCUCCAAACUACGGACCAGUCUCUUCAGAUACUACGUUGUUUAUACUGUACAGUUAAAGAACCUAGAGAAGACACAGGAGUUUUUCCAGCGUCAGGCUCAGGAGCUGCAGGGCAAGCCGGAGUGGCGUGAUUGGUUCAUCCUGCCGUUUAUGCCCGCCCCCGAGCAGAACCCCUUGUUCUCGCCGUACUUCUCCCGUCAGUGGUCGGACACCUUCCUGGUCUCACUGCACAACUUCCUCUCUGUGCUGUUCCAGUGCAUGCCGCAGCCUGUGCUCCUGAGCUUUGACUCUGAAGUCCAGAGGACCACUUGUCUACAGGAGGAGAAUGAUCAGCUCAGACACAUGCUAUUUUCCCUGCAGGGAGAGGCUAAACUAAAGAAGCAGGAAGAGAUGGUGCAUCACAAACUCCCCCCCUACGUACAAAACAUGGACCGCCUCGGAGACACUGAGCUGGACUUGGUGACGUGCCAGCGAAAUCCCGCCCUUACCACCACUCCUUCCAGGAACUUCUUCUCUACAUUCCUGCCCCAGGCCAGACGGGUACCUGGCAAGAUGCCUCGAGGACUUCCUGGGUCCUCGCCAACACAGGCCUCGUUGGGACGCAAGGACACCGCAGCCAAUCAACCCAAGGACCCAGUAGCGGCCUCCAAGGAACCCAGGCCGGUCUGUAGCGCUGGGGGAACCAGUGAACCCCAGGCUGGGUUUACCUCUCACCCCAGGCAGAGACGGCACCAGGACCACGAGAAGGAAAGGAAGGAGCUCUUCUCCAAGCCACAAAAUCAGAUGCCUGAGAAGAGAGGGGAAAGUGGGGACCCAGAGCCUCACCUUGAGGGGGGGACCACCAGCAGUGACCUGAUAGACCCUCCUCCCCCCAACCAGACACAGGUCAGCGGGGAGGGACAGAGGGCUACAGGGGUGCUGGGGGUGGAACAACCCUUCAUCAAGCUCAGUCAGGAAGAGUACGGAGAGCAUCACUCCUCUAUCAUGCACUGCAGGGUGGACUGCUCAGGGAGGAGAGUAGCCAGUUUGGACGUGGACGGAGUCAUCAAGGUGUGGUCCUUCAACCCCAUCAUGCAGACCAAGGCCACCAUCAUGUCCAAGUCCCCUCUGCUGUCUCUGGAGUGGGCCACCAAGCCUGACAGACUGCUGUUACUGGGCAGUGGUGUGGGCACGGUGAGGCUGUACGACACUGACGCUAAGAAGAACCUAUAUGAGAUGGCCAUAGAUGAGACUCAUCAACGCAUCCUGUCCCUGGCCUGUAGCCCCAGUGGGACGUCCUUUGUGUGUUCUGCAGCAGCACACGCCGGGCCUGGGCGCUCUGGGAGUGUGACAGAGACAGUACCACGGCUUCCCAAUCCCCUCUCUGUCUCUGGACAGCUGCUGCUCUGGGACACCAAGACUGUCAAACAGCAGCUUCAGUUCUCUCUGGAGCCUGGUCCAGUAGCCAUCAACUGUACAGCCUUCAACCACAACGGAAACCUACUGGUAACUGGAGCUGCUGAUGGAGUAAUUAGACUGUUCGAUAUGCAGCGUUAUGACUGCGCUAUGAGCUGGAGGGCCCACGAUGGCGAGGUGUACAGUGUUGAGUUCAGCUAUGAUGAGAAUACAGUGUUCAGUAUCGGAGAGGACGGCAAGUUUAUCCAGUGGAACAUCCACCGGUGUGGAGUGAAGCAGUCAGAGAACUCCCUGCCCCAGGAUGCAACGGGGCCCUUUGUCCUGUCUGGCUACAGUGGAUACAAGCAGGUCCAGGUGCCACGUGGACGGCUGUUCGCCUUCGACUCCGAGGGACAACAUGUCCUCACCUGCUCCAAUAACGGAGGACUCAUCUACAGGCUGAACAGCACCAGUGAUAGUGGUCUGGAGAAGGUUCUACCAUUGGGGGGCCACAAGGCCCCUGUGGUCACAGUGGACUGGUGCUCUGCCAUGGACUGUGGCACCUGCCUCACCGCAUCCAUGGAUGGAAAGAUCAAACUCAGCACGUUACUGGCACAGAAAUCCUGAUUGGUCAAAUUGAAAGUCCCGAGGGAGGGUUCCUCAUUGGAGGGAAGCAUUUUAUCACACUAUUGAAGCCGAUGUAUUCUACAGUAGCAUACGUCUUAAAUGUAAUACUUUGUACUGACCUAAGGCAGUCCACAACAUAUCAUGGAUGAAACAGGGCUUUAGAAAGUCAUAAUAGGAUAUUAAUAAAUUAGAAUAACAUCAACUCAUUCCUUACCUGCAAGUGGUGUUCAGUCCAUGUGAGAGACCAUGUUAUAUUUGACGUAGUACAGAAGUUGUGCCUAUAAAAUCUUAAACUGGUUGUUCUGAGAAUUGAACCGUGAGGGGAAAUAAAACUUGAGAUGCCAAUGCACCUGUCCUCGGCCGAACACCAUGCAGACGUGGGACCAUUUCUUGCUUUUCUCAGUUUGACGCAGUACGGCAACUCCUGGUCAAGGGCUGUUUGUUUAAUCAUGUAUGUAUAAUUGCUUGUUAUUAUGACAAUAAAUAAUUUGUAGAUA